AUGAUGUGCUCGCGGAUCCCUACUGGCACGACAUUGUGCGAAUAUGCAGAGUCCCGCUUUCGACUCCGCUCGCCGAUGAUUCACAAGAAAAAACAGUGUCCGAUGGCAAGCCGGCACCCCCGGACAUGGCUUCUCGGGACUAUCGUUGUGAUCUGGUUUCUUGAGGCCGUGACUUUUGCCUAUGGAGUCAGACACAAGAAACCUUCGACUCCUCUGGCGAAGACUAGGUCAAGUCCGCUGUCUUCCAUGUCAUACAGCAGCGAAGGAACCUCAAGCGGAGACGAGUCAGGAACAGCAAGAGCCCUUGUACUCCGACUAAAACAAAGUGCUCGAAGAGCUGCCGAGAGUUUGACCGCGAGGAGCCAACUAUAUAGAGAACUGCAAAAUCAGGAUUUGACUCCCAUAUCCCUCUCACGAAGGCCCGAUUUUAGCGCAGGCCUCGGUGUAUUGCUAUCCCAGGGAAGACGAUAUAGGUUGCCCCUACCGUCACAGGAGGACCGAUCUUUGCUCAGAGAGUUGCUGGUCGCUGAGGGAAGCCUAAACCCGCCCAGCAGUUCUCCUCCACUUCCGAUGCGACUCAGGCAAUUUCCCGAAAAUGGGGAAGGAAAAAUUGUCAACUUUCUUGGACUGGCAGGCAAGCAGAACGGGUUUAUGCUCUUGAGAAUGCAAGAACAGCAGGAUGGAGGAAAUGUACCGGACCACAUAUACUGGCAGCCUCUUUUACGCAGCGGAGGAGCCAGUGACAAAGACAGUGUCGACCCUCAAUUUGUGAAAACUGCGCUCACAUCUAGAGCACAGAGGGAGAGUUCACUGUUGCCUCCGGGAUACGUAGGAAAACCCGAUUCUGUCUUUUCACAAUUUGGCUUGAUGUUCGCGGGGGGAGUAUUUACCCUUGGUUCACCUGACGCUCCACUUGAGUUCAUUGUGGAUGAGAGUGCCGAAGAUGGGUGGCGAACAGCAUUAAAUCUUUUUCUUAGAUACCCUCCGGCAGAUGUUCCCUUGUCUCAUGUGCUCUGUAAACGGCUGACCCCGACAUUGGCUGCCUUCCUGGUGAAACAGGUUAUCUUAGAGUCUGCAAUGAUGCAGGCAAUGGGCCUUGUCCAUCUUGGGAUCUCAAUAGCAUCAUUCUUCUUUAGUGGAAACGAAGUGAUAGGGGCAACGCCCGCUAACCGUCUUCUGUAUCUGGGAAAUACUGGUGUGGCUCGGUAUUACACAGGUCAGCCCGAACCGUUCGAAGAGACGGGACACAGUAUGUAUCACGACCCUUCUACUGCGUCGAAUUUGAAACGUGUCGCUCCAUUACGGCAUCCUGUGGUAUUUUCUCCGAGUCGAGAUGCCUGGGCUGUGGGAGUUGUUAUUUUUCAAUUGCUAUGUGGUGGACAUCCUCACCCUUUUGGAAGCCUGGGGUCCCCUGCCUCGCCGCUCGUCACUGCGAGUCGAAUUUCCAGGCUGGCUCAGACUAGGCCACAACUCCGAAAGUCAAAAUGUUUCAAUCCAUCAUCGGCGCCUGAUAUGGAAGACCUCCAAAAAAUAAUGGACCUCUUACUAGCAUUCGAAGAGUCAGAAAGGCCAACGACUCUCGAUAUUCUGAGGGAGUAUCCGCACUUGUUCCCCACGUCGUAA